AUGACAUCCUUUCAAAAAGUCGCUCUCAUUGGCAAAGGCCUACUUGGCAGUGCAGUCCUCGAACAGCUGGCCAAGGACCAAUUUACGGUGACUGUCUUGAGCCGUAAUGCUUCAAGCGUUCAUGACAUUCCUUCUGGUGUGAAGGUUCAUCAAGUCGACUACUCCUCCCAGGAAAGUCUCGUAGAGGCUUUGACUGGACAGGAUGUUGUUGUCAACACGGUGGGAAUGUCUGGACUACUCGGGCAAAAAACGAUCAUCGAUGCCAGCAUCAAAGCCGGAGUGAAGCGCUACAUUCCGGCUGAUUGGGGUUCCUUCACGACCGACCCGAAUGCUCGAGCGCUGCCCAUCUUGCGUCCGAUGGUGGAAAUCCAGGACUACCUCAAGGACAAGGCAGCUUCUGGUGCGCUCGAGUACACAAUCUUCUCCGUGGGAGCAUUCCUGGACUUCGUCCUCGACUCUCCCCUCAUCCUCGAUCCCAAAGCACAUUCGAUUCAGGUGUAUGACGAAGGACGGCAUCCCUUCAGCUCUACGAGCGUGUCCGGCGUUGGACGUGCGGUAUCUGGAUCUCUCAAAGCACGUGAGGCUACAAAGAACCGCAACAUCUUCAUCCAUGAGGCUGUUUUGACUCAGGCCAAGCUCUUUCAAUGGGCGAAGAAGUACAGCCCACCAGGAACGCAGUGGACCGAAACAAAGCUUGACGCACAGCAAGAGCUGGACAGAAGUCUUCAAGACCUGGAGAAGGACCCAGGUAACGUUGGCCACACCUUCCCCAUUCUGAAAGCAUGUCUUCUUGGAGGGAAAUAUCGGUCCGCGUAUCCAAAGGUUGAUAAUGAGAUUGUGGGUCUUCCUCUCCUCACCGACAAGGAACUAGAGGCAAGGUUUGCAUCCAAGGUUCAGGGCGCUACGGUUCCGGAAUGA